AUGCGCCCGGAAAAGGGAUACGAAAAGGGAAAGGAUCGAGCCAACGACGAGAAUAACCGACCAACUAGUUGGUACGCGGCCGCACUCUUAUCACCGACGUUGAGACGGAGCGUCAACAAGCGCUACUACAUCAUCCUCACGCUCGACUUUGCCUACCAGUUCUUUCACCUUCUUAUUCGUGGUAUGAGAGAGUUUAACGUCCAUGUCGAGCGGCUCCCGUGUACACAAAAGGCUGCUACCUGGACUGGAAACCCAAGGGUAUUCUCCCUGAGCGGCGACCCUGACAGUGUCAACGAGGAGCGCGCUCCUCACGUUGAUCCGGCCUGGCUGGACUUUGGCGUUUCCAUUCUUGGCGUCUGCUAUGGAAAAUGGUCCUGCCGUGUCUCAACGCCAGCAAAGUCAGCGGCCAUGUUGACCUGUCUCUUCAAGGACAUUGGCGAGGAUAGGCGCUGCUGGAUGUCCCAUGGCAACAAGCUGGCCAAGGUCCCUGACGGCUUCCACACCAUCGCGACCACCAAGAAUUCCGAGUAUGCCGACAUUGGCCAUAGUGAUACACUCAUCUACGCAACUUAA